GGAGGGGGCUUGUGCAUAUAAAAAGAGGAAGAGUAGCCCCAACGCACAAAUACGACACCGAACAACACAUGGACCCUCUCAGUACAGCAGCUACCAAAUACCAAAGCAGUCAAAUAAAAGACAACAAGACUUGGUAUCACUAUGUUACCCAUACGUUCUUUGGAGAAAAUCGUGCUCGUCGCUGCGCUGUGGGGUCUUUGCAGUCUGAUCUAUCUGGAGGGAGCACCACUCAGCAAGAGGUCAAUCAGUGAAGUUCAGCUCAUGCACAACGUUCGGGAGCACAAGGAGAUGUUAGAAAGGCAGGACUGGCUUCAGCUGAAGCUGAACAAUAUCCUCAUACCCUCAUUAAAUGACUCCCAAAAGGAGCAAAAAGGGAAAAACAACAGCCCAUCUAUCAGACGUUUAAGAAAGGGGGAAGGAGCGACCUGGAUCUCGAACUGACGACUGAUGUUUUUGAAAAGCUAAUGAUGUGUGAAUAAUGAUACUGAGAAAUGAACUCUGAAUAAUGAUACUGAGAAAAAGUGUUUUCUCAGUAACGUCAGUGCAGGAGGAGGACACAGUAAGUGUCAAUUAAAAUAUACUGCUCUACAUGGAGAAAGAAAGUGCACUGCUUUACUUAUGUCUUUAAAUAGUAUUUUUAUUUAUUUAUUUGUAAAUAUUUGUUAUUUAGAUAUUAAAGCAUAAUGUUCAGACCCUGUGUAGGACACACAAAGGACAAUGUCUUAACCUUGUAGUAGGCCUAUGCCUUUAGUCAGUGUUUUUGUUUCUGUGUAGUGCAGUACUUACUCUUUAAAUGUUUUUUUUUAUUAUUUAUUUUCAAGAAAGAUUUGUACUUUUUUUUUUUUAGACAUCCAGCAAUUUGCACUAAAAUGUGGACCAACUGGAUCUGUUUAACUGUACACCAUAUUACAUACACAGCAACCUAAGACUUGAUUUGUGUUGAUCUUUCUUUCUUUCUUUCUUUCUUUCUUUCUUUCUUUCUUUCUUUCUUUCUUUCUUUCUUUCUUUCUUUCUUUCUUUCUUUCUUUCUUUCUUUCUUUCUUAUUGUUUAACAACUUGUAAUCUGAUCGAUUUGAUCAAAUAAGGCCCAUUGACUACAUCACGUAAUUCU